AUGAAUAAUGAACGGAAAGAUGAUAGACACAAAUCGCUGAACCUAUUGCUAUACACACCGGGACCUCUAAGCGUUCCACAGCCGCCUGGCUAUGCUGCUCACUUUCCAUACAAGCGGCCACCCGGAGUGAAAUUCGUACCAGUGCGCGAGCUUCAAAUGGCAGCGCAAGGUCCGCUGCUACCAAUAGGGGGACUCCCCCCACCGUUCCCUCCACCGUUCCCUCCACCAUUCCUUCCACCGCUUCUUCCACCACCCGCGCCGGUGGUAAUCGAUCUCUCUCCAUCUUCGUCAUCAUAUUACUCGUCAUAUUACUCGUCGCUUUCCUCAUCCGAUUCAUCUCCUGAUGAAGGAGACGGAAACGGUGGAGGUGGAGGUGGAGGGGGAAGCGGAGAAGAAGACGGGUUUAUAGUUAUAAUUUCUUCAAGCGGAGAGGAAACUGAAGUAGAUGAAGUGGUUCCUGAAGAAUCAGACAGCCAUGAAGGGAACUCGUCAGAGAUAGGAGGAGACCAGCCCGAUUGA